AUGGUUACUGCCAUUAAUAAUGCUCCAAAAGGGUACAAGUCUCCUAAUUAUGAGAAGGUGAGGACCAACUUGUUGGACAUAGAACAAAGCAAGGUUCAACAAUCCCUCAACCCUUUAAUGCAAGAUUGGAGCAUACAUGGAGUUUCCAUUGUUUCUGAUGGUUGGUCAAAUUUGAAGAAUCAAACUUUGAUUAACAUCAUGGCUGUUUCUGGUGGUAAGGCCAUUUUUAUUAAUGGACAUGAUGUUUCUUCAAAGGAGAAAAAUGCAACAAAUAUUGCUGAUUUGUUCUUUAAAGCAAUUGAAUUUGUUGGACCCUCCAAUGUGGUCCAAGUAGUUACUGACAAUGCCACUAAUUGCAAGGCAGCUAGAGCAAUAAUUCAGCACAAAUGGGAUAAGAUGAACAUGCCUUUGCAUUGUCUAGCCUAUAUUCUUGUUCCUAAGUACUACACAAAUUCUUGGUUGUCAAAAUCUGCCCCAGGUGGUGUGAGAAGAAAAAAACCUUAUUUUGAUGUUGAGGUGCAAAAGGGGUAUCUUGAGGCAAUUGAAAAAAUGAUUUGUGAUCAAAUUGAAGCUGCUGUUAUAAGAAAACAAAUUAGUGAUUUUGUUAGUUGCAAAGGAGUUUUUUCACAACCUCAAGCAGUAAAUGAUAGAGCAACCAUGGAUGCAUUAUCAUGGUGGCAUUUGUAUGGUGGGGCAGCACCUGAAUUAUACUCUUUAGCAUUGAAAGUGUUGUCUCAAAGUGUAAAUACUUCUUGUGCAGAAAGGUAUAAGGAGGACUAUGAAAAAUUUAAAAAUUGGGAUGCACAUCCAGAAGAUGCCAACAUUGAAGAGGACAUUAUGGCAAUAGAAGAAAGAGAUAAUGUAUCAUUUUCAGACAGUGAAGAUGAUAUUACUCUUGCAACUUCAGAUGUUCAACCAUGUCCAACUCCAACACCAUUGCCUACAUCUUCAUCAUUUCCACCUUCUACUUCUCAAGAGCAUUCAAUGGAACAAGUAGCUGCACAAAGGAGACUUGAAAAAACACGUGGCAAAAGAUAG